AUGUUGAACGAGCAAGAAUCGCAGGCUUUUAUGUAUGUGCCAGAAUCUUUGAUGGUGCUUCGCUUCGGGAAACCUUGGCAAUGGAGCAUGCUUUCCUACGUUCACUCGCGGAUAGCAAGUCGUGAAGCAGGGGUCAUGAGGUCUUUCAUCGCACUUGCUUCAAUGGAAUUGCGUUUUCUAGAACUCCUGAAAUUCCAGGAAACAACUCCCACCCUAGAGAGUCUCACCAGGAUACGUCAAUUGAAAGAUGCUGCCAUGAAUCAUUUGCACUUGGCACUUCAAGAUCUUUCUUCGAUCUUGGAUCGCCUAUCAGGAACUCAAUCCCAAUCUGACGAUAUUGAAGCACUAUUUUCAAUGUGGUUCUUGAUUCUUCACGUAGGACUCUACGAUCCUGAGAUUGUCAAUGCCUCUCACGUACACUUGAAAGGUAUUCGAUCAUUCCUGCAGCGAUAUGUGAAUGGAGAUGUGGCUCAAAAACAAGACAACCUACCACCAGCUGCACAACAGCUAUUGCUAUUCAUUGCCCAUAACGAUGUCAUACUAGCGCUGGGCAACAUGAAUGGGGGUGGUCAUCUUUCGCUAGAUUUAUUAGGCGCUCCAGAAAAAUCGCCAAUCGCUUAUGAUCAGAUUUUUGAACAGGCUCGUCGAUGUCUACCCAAGGUAUGGGGCUCGGAUUAUCCACUUGAAGAGUUGCUAGACGAUGUGGAAAACUACCGAGGACUAUAUUUCUUGACCGUAUGCCAAAAACUAAAAUUGGGAAUUUGGAAGUUCGGUGUUGCAAAAGCACAGAGGAAACCAGUUGGGGAGAGUCAGGAAGAGCUCUGGAGGAGGAUCGAAGAGACAGGUGAGCACUUCUCUGAUCUCCUUCUACUGGCGAAAAUGGUCAAGAGUUCAAAUGGGCGGCGGGUGAUCUGGACAAUCUAUCAUGCAUGUCUAGAUUACUACGCCUUGAGAGUUUUAUACACCUGCUUGGAUGGUGGGGAUCCCUACCCGCCAUGGCUUGAGGAGUCUCUCGCAGAACUCUUGGCCAUUGCCUACAAGUCCAUGCUUGAGAUACCCCAACAGAUAUACCGCUAUUCUUGGCCACUCACUGUGGCCUUGAUGAAGGUCCGAGACCCAAUCCAUAGAGAUUGGGUUACGGCCCAGGUUCGUAAAGCAGGUGUACUCUUCUCCAAUCUAGGACUUCCUCCCACUUUGCUCAGCGGUACCUGUGCACCGGAAACGAUAUUCCUCGAAUACGACCAGGAGGAACAUACACGACUGCUAGUCGCCUAG